GUUUUGUCAAACAUUUUACCAAUUGUAGAUAUAAAAUAUCUAUUUAUAUUCCAGUUUAGUUUUUGGAAACUGUUUUAUCGCGUAGAUCUUCCAAUAAAAUAUAUGUUUUCUUGAAGGGAGGGAGGGACCUCCUUGCCUUGAACAAACAACUAGCGACGACUAGUGAAAUUCAAAUGUACUACACAUUCAUUUGUUAGAACAUGGAGGCGUGAUGGCACAUUUGUCGAAACCUAAGAUUUUGCAAGUUUGCCGUUUCGCUUUUAAUAUUGUGAUUAGAAACUUAUCUUAGCUUCUAUAGUUUUCUGCUUUCAUUAUUAUGUACAAAGAGAGUAUUUUUAUUAAAGAACAACCGACGUUUCCGGAAAAAUUUAAGGGAGAGACUAUAGCAUUUCGAGGUUCACAGAGUGAAGUCUACAACAUACUGUAACUACUCAAUUAAAAAAUAAGUAUUACAAAAUAAUUUAUCUAGUUAGGUAGAGACUUGGACCAGCUCUAUCAUGGCUGGAAACAAAAUAAAUACUAAGAAAAGGGAAGAUAAAAGUAAAACAUUAAGGAAUGCCAAUCAAGGAAAUGAAGAUACCGAAGAUAUUGAUUUUUCAAUUCUAAGAAAGCCUAUAAUAUCAAGUGUUACUGGGUUCAGCCAGGCAAGAAAAAUAUUUGAUGUAGCUACAGAAGAGAUCAAGAGCUUAAUUUCCAAUGAGUGUGACCUCCUAUAUGAAUGUAAAGUCUGCAGGAAUAUCUUCAGGAGCUUGGUGAAUUUUAUAUCACACAAACGAAUCUACUGUAGAGAAAAGUUUACUGCUUCUGAACAUGGACAUUUUGUUAGGCCCUCAUCACUAGCUCAUGAAGUGAAGAAAUUUAAUAAGUUGGAGGAGAAUUAUAGAGCAUCCUUAAAAACAGGAAAUGAAGAUGAUUCAAGUGAUCGUAUACCACUUACAAAAGAUCUGUCAGAGGUUAUUGAAAGAAUAGCUAAACGUAAAGCAGUGCAAGAUGGUAUGAUAGAAAAUCAGCAAGUUACUCUCCAAAAAAUACCUAAAAGUGCAGUUGCUGUUUACCAAAGUGUUAACUAUGACGGUAAAAUCACUGAUAGUCUUCGAGCUCAAGUUCAAGAACUUAACAGAAUAACAUCUAUGGAAAAUGCAGUAUUGCAAAAAGAUGGUAAAUUCAAAAUACAGAAUACACUUCCCAAUGAUCCAGAAAAUGUAAUUCAGAUCAGUGAUGAUGACGAUGAAGAUGAAGAUAGUGAGGAUAACAAUGUACACGAGUGCAAGGAAUGUGAUUUGCAGUUUACAACUUUGAAAACAUUAAAGUUCCACAUGAAACAUAAGCAUCUGGAGAACAGGCUGGUAUUCCCCUGUCCGGAUUGUCUUGCAAUAUUCUCAACUUCCUGGAGUGUGUACCGUCAUUUGUUUAAAAUUCACCGAAAAACUGCAGCCCAGAUUCGUAGACUCAGGGAAUCCAUACAGUCUAAAGCGUUUAGAAUGAACAAUCCUCCUGCAUUCUAUGAAAAAAGGAAAUCUAACAUCAAAAACGCUCCACAAAAGAAAACUGAAGAAGAGCGUUUGGAUCAAGAGAAUCAAGAAUGGAUGGACAAUAUGGAGGGAGACGGCGAGCUGCCCCGCUGCGGCGGGUGCGGGCGCGCGUUUGCCCGCCUAGCCGCUCUAGUGGCACAUACCAACACCUGCCAACCCCGCUCCCGUGCGCUCGCUCGCCGCCCGCAGGAGACCAAGAAAAUUGAAAUACAAAUCAGAAAGGACUACAACAAGGGUCCGCCGACUAGUAUGGUCUUCACCAAAUCUGAAAAUGAUAUUAAGGAUAACCCCAAAGAAGUAGCGGCGACGAAACCUGUGCCAACAAAGGAUCCUAUUGAUGUUGAGGAGAAUAAAUUAACGGAGGCGGUGAUGACUGUAAUAGGUGACAAAGAAGAAAAUAUGGAAAUUGAUACAGACUCCGCAAUAAUAGAGAAAAAAGAUAUUACGCAUGAGAACAAAGAUACGUCGCAAGAAACCAAAGAUAGGUCGCAAGACAACAAAGACAGGUUGCAAGACAACAAAGACAGGUGGCAAGACCACAAAAACAUGACACAGGAAAACAAAGACACAUUGCUAGUAAAUAAAGAUACAACUCACGAUAAUAAAGAUACAACGCAAGAAAACAAAGACACGACGCAAGAAAAUGAAGACGCGUUGCAAGAUGACAAAGAUAUGUCGCAAGAAAAGAAGUUCUUAAACAGAUUGCCUUAUGCUUAUGGAGCUGAAAAAAGAAAUUUGGAUGCUCUCAAACAAAAAAUGAAUCAGGAUGUUGAAUUAGACAGUUUUCUAUGUAAAAAAUGUGAUACAAAAUGUGUCGAUAAAGGAGCACUCAUUGAUCAUAUGGCAAAUCAUUACAAAUGGAUACGCUAUGGAUGUAAGCUGUGCAACUUUAAACAUUACGAAUUUGAUAAAUUACCAGAGCAUAUAAAGAUUGUACAUAAACUUAAAGGAGACUCAGAUUUUUACUUUAGCACGGUAAAGGCUAUAGACAGUCCUGAAGCAUUAGAAAUUACCGAAUUAUCUGAUGAUGUAAGUGAAACAACAGCAACUAGUCCCGAAUCUAGGAGGCCUAGCAGAUGUUCUAGUGAUUCAAGUCGAAUGUCAGACGAUAGUUCAUCCAGUAGUGUGCGUAUAGAAGGAUCCAGAAAACGAAAGAUAAAUCGCUGUAGAACUAACACAAAGAAAUUUAAGGAAUCAUCUGGUCUUGAUAAAAGUGAGGAUCCAAAGGAAGAAGAAAUGAAACCGAAUAUAAUAGACAAUGAAUCAUCUUCAAAUUCAAAAACGUUUGAAGAAAAUUCGUCAGAUAUGGAUGAUGUUGAAACUGAUAAAAGCACGAAAAUUAUAACUAACGACAAGCCUGUAUCAGUAGCCUCCCGUAGACCAGUACGUAAGAAAACUAAACCAAAAAAUGAGGAUUUUGAGUACGAUUUAUCUAAUUUAUUAAAGCUGGAAGCUCAAGGAUACAGAGAUUCACUGUUAUCGUCAUCAAAUAAAACUUAUACGAGUAAAAAGAAAAUGCAAGAUAAUCAAAACGCGUUUGAUAAUUUAAAUAAAGAAUGUACUGGAGCGUUAGUUACAUUGUCGAGAAAAAGUGUAGAGAAAUCAAAAGCAGUUAUGAAAAAUAGCAGUUUCGCUUUCAAUAGCAGCAGCAAGAGAAUUGUCAAUGUUUUUGCAAAACCGUACACGCCAAAAAUAUCGAAAACAGAUAAAUCUUCACCUAAGAAAGAUGCAAUAGAAUCUACUAAUGAUCAGAGUCCCACGAAAGAAGCAACAGCAGCUGAGGCACAGGCCGUGGACACUAAAGAUACUAGUAAGACUACUCAUGCUUCUGAAGUUCAAAACUAUAACGAGAAAAGUCAACCAGAGACUGAUACUAUGACCCAAAAAGAAAGUAUUUUGGAAAAGUAUGAAACUCCUAAUUGUAGUAAAAAUGAACCAGAUACUAGCAAGGAGUCAGAUACAAAGGAUACUGUACCUAACGAAAAAGAUAAAAGUAAUAGUAAUGUUAAUGUCUCAAAAAUAUUUCCAAUCAAAUUCGGUCGAGGAAUAGAUGUAAUAAAAAAUCCUUUAAUAAAAAAAAAUUUAACUGACUUUACAAAAGCAGGAAUGAAAACUAAAAUUCUUGUUAUUAAGCCUAUUAAUCGAAGUAAAGAUGGAGCAAAUAGUAUAAACACUCCACUUAAAUUUCAAACUAUCAAAAUUAAGGAUCCCAACAAAAAUAAAGCAAAUGAAGAAAAGAAAACAGAUCAAAGUGUGAUUGCACCAGUUCCUAAGGUAGAAUGUGCCAUUCGUCCUCCAUCUAGUUUAAGUAGCAAUGAGAAAGGUCCUCUCCCCUCAAUAACUCAGUCAUUUGAAAAUAAUAGUGAUGUUGUAAAUACCACUACUGAAAUAAAUGAUGAUAAAAGUACCAAAAAUGAUGCAGUGAAAUCAUCAGAUACUAAAAGUAAUGACAACAGUGACAUCAAGGAGCAAGAAGUUUUAGCGCCUGAGAAUACAAAAAGUUAAUUUUUACAGAAAAUGUGCUACUUCUGAGUUCUGUUAAAAGACUAUUAUCAAAAGUAUAUUGUACAGUAAAAUGUAAACCACUAUGUUAGAUAGAAAUAAAUUACAUUCAUUUACA